CUCGCUCAGUCUUUGAUAGCCAACUCUCGUGUACAGACCGAUAAGCGCUUAUUGCGAGUCGCCCUCGUCGUCGAAGUAGACGCCAAAAAAUAGAAAAUAUCAACAACAACAAAAAAACUGAACAAAUCAAAACAAUACGAAUAAAUUCGAAAAUAAAAUAACUAAUGAUAAACAGUGUAAAUGCUUCUUAAUUGAAUGCAAUCAAACAUAUUGGGUAAUGCCCAACAAUAACAAAAAAAAUAUAUAUAAAAAAUACAAAAACAAACACAAACAAACACAACAACAAACAGCUACAACAACUACAAUAGCAACAGUAAACAGUGCAGCAUCAGAAGCGGCGACAGCAGAUUGCAUCCAUUUUGCUCUCUCGCGCUUUGUUAGUGUAUUCUGUGUGCGUGUUUUGUGCUAGUGCCACUGUGUGCAUAUGUGUGUGUGAGAAGAAAGAAAUAAACUUGGAAGAAAGAAAAGAAAAAGUGAAACGACCGGCAGCGAAAGCAGCGUGAAAGCAAAGUGAGCAAUAAAUAUAUAUAUUUCAAUAUAAAUAUAUAUGUAUAUCUAGUGGUAUAUUUGUGUCUUAAUAAAACGCCAAUCAGUCCGUGCACAUUAAAAACAACAACAACAACAACAACAACAAUAACAACAACAUCAAUUGCAAAUAACAACAUAUCGAUAAGUGAAGAGAUUUGAAAAACUGUAAACAGAUCGAAAUUUAUGUGACAUCCGCGCUAGAGCAACUCCAACAAAUUCUCGGUUUGCCCCAUUUUCUGUUUGUCCCUUGUGAUUUGCCAACCGCUGUCAAGCUGAGGCUGCAAACGCUUAAAAUUGGAUUAUGCUUAGGCACAAACGCAACAACAACAACAACAACGUCACCAAGACAACGCACAGCGAGCAUGUGAAACGGUCCGGCCCAGCAGAUGCACUGCAUCCACAUCUAAAUAGGAGUACGCCCGCCCAGCGCCAACUGUUCAAUCAGCAUCUCAACCAGCGUGUCACCCUCUCCCUCGAGCUCUACCACAAGAACAUUAUCAAAGAACUGAUCGAGCUGAAUAAGAUCAACGUUUACAAAUUAACCAAAAACGUUUCCCAGACUUAAGUUGAAGAUACUUUUCGCAAGAAACGGUAGCUCCACGGCGAGAACACUGUGCAACAAGUUGUUGGAGUUGUUUUCCAAACCCGACACGAAACGAAAGUGCAAUAAAAAGUGUGUGCAAAAUAUUUAUUAAAAAUAAAAAUUAAAAGAAAAGAAAAAAGUUAAGAUUAUAGAAGAAGCAGUAGAAGGAGAAUAAAAAGCAGAAAAUGUCAAGUGUUAAAAAUGCUGCUGCUAGCCAAACAAGCCAAGUUCAACUCCUAAAUUCAUAGUAAAAACUCAACUCAAAAAAAAAAAAAAAAAAAAAAAAAAAAAAAAACAAAAAACAAAAAAGAAUACCAAACAAACAGCAAAAGAUAAAACGGAAAAUCGUAGACAAAAGUGUGACAAAAAACUGUAAAGAAAGAAAAAGCCGCUAAGCCCUUGGUAGGCCCCCACCCGAACUUCCCACUCUUCCAGAAAGUAAACCCCGUGAGUGAAGCUUAGCAAAAUGUCUACCAGCC